AUCUAUCCCUCCCUCUCCCUCCCUCCCUCCUUCCCUCUCUCUCUCUCUCUCUCUCUCUCUCUCUCUCUCAUUCCCAUACACACUCAUACACACAUGCACACACACACACCAAACCGGUUCAGUGUCAGUGAGAUUGUGUGUGGACGCGUAAACGGGCUCCGGUUCUCUUGGAUUUGGAUCCUCGGUGUGUGUCGGUGUGUGUCAGUGUGUGUUCAGUGUGUGUCUCGGUUUGCUGCGCGGCUCCGCCCGGUGUGCGGGGUGUGCGUGUGUGUGUCAGUGUGUGUGGGGCUCCUCCAACAUCUGAGAGUUUUCUUGGACUGCCCGGCAGAGAGCGGCGGGAGAAGCACCGCUGUGAGCCCGCACACAGGACAAAGAAGCCCGGGGGAAAUUAAAGGUCUGAUCCGGGGAGAGUGGAGGAAAAGCGGAGGAAGAUGAACCGUCUCCUUGCUCUCGUGUCUGCUGUCUUCAUGCUCGGAGGCAGCUCGGCCCGGGUGGUGAAGGUGUCUCCUGGCCCGUUGAUCCGGGUGGAGGGUCAGCCUGUCUCCAUCAGGUGUGACGUCAGUGAAUAUGAAGGACCCAGAGAGCAGGACUUUGAAUGGAUGAUCUCUCAGGAAGGUAGCUCCAGGACAAAGAUCAUCUCCUCGUUUGACCCGGGGUAUUCCGCCGCGUCCCUGAGUAAGCGCGUGGCAUCCGGCGACAUCUCCGUGGUGCGUCUGCAGGACAAUGAGGUGGAGCUUAAGGUCGCAGAGGUCAAGUCGACGGACGCCGGGUUCUACUGGUGCCAGACACCGAGCACGGACUCGGUGUUCAGCGGGAACUACGAGGAGAAGGUCCAACUCAUCGUCAUCCCAAAUACCCUCCGAGUCGCCUCUCAGGCUCCGCCCCCUGUCGUCGCUGAAGGUAGUGACAUCACACUGUCCUGUAACGUGACCCGGGAGCUGACCCAGCCCACCUACCUGUCUGUCACCUGGUCCGUGAAGAGGGGGACGUCCUCUGAGGAGAUCCUGGCGUUUGGACCUCAGGGAGAUGUUGUGGUGGGGUCAAAGUUCGUCCGGCGGUAUGCCGACGGAGGAAUCCGAUUGGUCCCUGGGAGGAACGGUGUGUUUGAGCUGGUGGUAACCAGGGUGACGACGUCUGAUGACGGGAUAUAUGAGUGUAACGGGACGGAGUGGACGCACGAGGACGGAGGACGAUGGGUUAAGAUCGUGGAGAGCAAGAAGGAGAUUGGGACGCUGUCUGUCACCCCGACAGGUCAGUCCCUCAGUGUGAAGGUCUCCCCCUCCUCCCCUCUGGUCCUCAUCCCCGGAAACACCCUCACCCUCCUCUGCUCCGUCUCCGCCGACAACCUACCCGCCCUCGCUCUGGAGGUCACCUGGCUGGCAGACGGUCGUGACAUCAUCACCAUGGAGCGCAGCGGCGUGGUCAUUUCCAACUCGUCUUCCUCCUCCUCCUCCUCCUCAAGUGGGGGAGGAGCACAGGGGAGGAAGGGGAAGGCGAGCCUGGAGCGGACCGGAGCAGGGGAGUACAGGCUGGGGGUGAGGGGGGUGAGCGGGGAGGACGGGGGAGCGUACACCUGCAGGGUCAGAGCCUUCGUGGAGAAAGGCGGGAGGAGCUCUGGAGGAGGGGGGAGGUGGCACAUGGCGGCGGAGAAGACGUCGGCCGCGGUGACGGUGAAGGUGACGACGAUCAAGCCCAGCCUCAGUCUGACCCUUGACCCCGUCCUGACCCCCCAGAUGACUGCUGACCCCUCAGAGCUUGCGUGUCACGUCACCAACAUUACCCAUCUGCCCCCAGGUGGCCGGCUUGCGGUCACAUGGGAGCACGCCUCACUUCCUGGUGGAACUGAUGGCCCGCCCACCUCUCAGCCCAUUGGCUCUCUGGACGCCUACGGUAACCUGAUACCUGUGCUGCCGUACUCUGACAGGAUGAAGAGCGGAGAGUUGAGUCUGAGCAGGGUCCAGCCCAACACCUUCACCCUGAGAGUCCUGCACACACAGGAGAAGGACAUGGGUCAGUACGUGUGCACUGUGUCGGCGUGGACUCUGGACAGUCAGGGAGACAUGAUGCAGAGCUCAGAGUUCAGGAGUUCGGCGCUGACCGUACGCUGGGACGCCAAACGGCCGACUCUGAACGCCGUGGCUAAGCAGAACCGGGAGGCGUCAGUGGGCGGGGCUACCUUCGAGAUGAGCUGCACAGUGGCCACUGAGAACCUCGGCGAGGCCGGCUACUCUGUGCUCAUCCAAUCACAGGACAGCCUGCAGAGCACCGUGAGGACCAUCAUGACCCUGAGUCCGGACAACGUGGUGCAGCACGGAGGAGCCACGGACCCCAACAGGAGGGACAGCCUAGUUUUGACUAAAUCCGGUCCAGCAGAGUUCAGGUUCAGGCUGGCAGGGGUACAGCUGUCUGACCGAGGGUUCUACUGGUGUGACAUCACAGCAUGGACUAAACUGCAACCGGGUCAGACCUGGACCAGAGCCACGAGCGCAGAGUCCAACAAGAUCCGGAUCGACUUCCAGGAAAACGGCCCCUCCUUCUCCAUCGAUAUCCAAUCAGACACCAGCAUUGUGUUUCCCUGGGAGACGGCCAAGAUGGAGUGUUCACUGAGCGUGUCAGGAUCCUCACCCAAGACUGACGAUCUGGUGUAUGAGGUGCGUUGGUUUUUCACUCGUCUCCGUGGCGGUCAAGUGACCUCUCAGGUGGCGAGCGUCGACCGCUUUGGCGUGGUGAGGAAAGACGCCCGAAACUCGUCCAGCGACGUUUCAAUCGAACGUAAAGACACACACACUUACCUGCUGAACAUCCACGGCACACAGGACAGUGACAGUGGAGAGUAUCACUGCGUGGCCACGCCCUGGUACCUGUCUCCCUCCACAGGUGCAUGGACUCAGGCUGCAGAGCUGAUAUCGAAUAGAGUCUUCCUCACUGUCAAGUUUGCAGUGUGGGAGUCUCUGAAGUUACCUCUGUUGUAUGGCGUGUCAGCGUCUAUAGGUGUGGGUCUGUUCUCUCUGGUCCUCGGGCUGGUGUGUGCUCAGUGCUGCUGCAGGAACACCACACACACUCCGCGCUCCCGGAACAAGCUGAUGGACCUGGAGAUGGACUGACACACACUCUCCCCUGCGCCCACACACUGCAGCGCGCACAGGAAGCAUCACCACACACACCACAGACACACACACGCACACACGGACGAUUACUGGGACACACAGCUGUUUGCAGGCGACGGACGCUGGGAUUAAGAAGCUGUGGCUCACUGAUCGGUCUGUGUGUGGUGUGUGUGUGAGGUGUUCAGGUGUCUGCAGUGUGGCAGCAGGGGGUGCUGCGAUCAACCAAUAGGAAUAAGCCUUUGUGACUUCACUUCCUGCGUAGAUCCUGAGAAAUCUGUGGCUUCCAGACAUUCUUACAGAAAAAUAAAAACUUACGCACUGAGCUCAGAGUUUACGUGUGCUGUCUCUGAGACCACACUGCCACGGGUUACAGGUGCUCUGGACAGGUGUGAACCAGGUGUGCUCAGGCUGGACUACAUGCUCGUUUUUAUCCUCUGAUGCCAAGAAUCCCUAACAUCAGUCGUCUGCGGAUCAUCCUGCAGUGUUUCCCUGAGGAGCAGCUCACCAGCGCACCCUGCAGGGUUGAAUAGAGGAGCUCCUGAACGUGGCCCCCGUCUGAAUCUGGUGCUUCACGGACGGAGAUACCACAGAUAUGCAGUCAGUGUGUGUGUGUGUAUGUGUGUGUGUGUGUGAGGAUGUGCUGCUCGGCUCCUCUUGUCAGGUUUUAUAGAUAUAUAUACGCUCCUGUAUAAUGUGUGUGUUUGUGUGUGAGUGCUGUGCGACUAAGAGAUGCAUGUUCUGUUUUUAUAAGCACACACUGAUGUCAGUCAGAGCAGCACACACACCGGAUCCAGGUCGCAUUUCACACACUGACAGGUCUGACACGUCAGGAGUCAGACUGCAGCGGGAUCAGGAACCCAGGUUGAAGGAGACCGACAGACAAACACGACUCCUCUGUCGUCUGCGAGUCAGGCUCAUUUCUGUGACACAGCCUGGAUGUUUUUAGCAUAGCUUAGCAUAAAGACUGGAAUCAGGUGGAAACUGUUAGCCUGUCUCUAUUUCAUCAACCCUGUUAAUAACGUCUGUUUCCUGAAGCCUUAUUCUCUCAGGAGCACUGUUACCUGAGGACCCGAGUGUUACCUGAGGACAUCACAAAUGUUUAGUACUCCUAAUCCCUCCUUAAUCUUCUUAAUCUCAGUUUUUUUAAAGGGACAGCCCCCCCCCAUGUUUCAUCAAACACACCUGUAGGUGCCAAAAUGACAUGACACAACAAACACACACACACAGCUCUCUGUGCCAAAUGCUCUAACCAUGCACACACUUGUGACACACACACACACACACACACUAAAAACCCCCCUAGUGUGUGUCGUGAUUUUUCUGAUCUGAGUCUGACGAUGUUUUUUAAUAAAUAGAUUUGUAAGCUGUGUUUCUUUUUUAAAUGAUUUUUUUAUAUGUUGUGUUUUUAUUCCUUGUUUUCAAGUUUUUAUACGACACCAUCAAAAAACAGUAUGCAGUGAUGUCAUCUCCAUCUCUAAAAUACUUCCAAAACUUUACUGUGUCACUGAAACUUUACAAAGUUUACUUUACAGUGUCACAGAAACUUUACAAAGUUGACUUUACAAUGUUUACUUUACAAAGUGUCACUGAAAUGUACAAAGUCAAAUGUAAAGUUUACUUUGUAAAGUUUCAGCAGGUAUGUUAAAGUUUGAAGAGGAGGCACUGCAGCCUCUGUUUCAUAGUGCUGUAAACGGCGGCGUUAAAGAAGUGAAAUAAGCAAUAAAAAUGGACAGAAUAUUAAAAUCCGACGUGGAGAAGAGGCUGAUCAGCCAUUUUUGAAUUCAUAUGUUAGUACUUUUUUUUUACAGUGUAAGAGUUAAUCUGACUCUGCUUCGUGAUCAAACGUGUAACUUUAAACAAACUCCUAGUUAAACUCAGCUCACUGAAGAUGUUAAUGCUUUUUACAGAAACAAACACGCUUCCUGUUUGAGUUUCAAAUUAAAAGCCUGAUAGUGUUGCAGCUGACAGAACCUUUCAUUGUUUAUCAAGGCUUUUAUUGUGAAGUAUUAGCAUUCAUGAAUGAAAUAUGUUUUAUUUUUGACCUUGGUCGUUCAAACCGUGCACACCUUGACCUUUGACCUUCCUGUUUGAACACUGGCCUCAGUCUGCAGAUCAUCUGUCUGCGUGCUCGUCACGUCUUGACCGGGUGUGUUUGACAGUGAAGGAUUCUGGGUCCUAGAGAAGUGCAUGAUGGUGUUUUCUGUCGUCUCAGUUUGGUUCGCCCUCAGUGACUCGUGGUUCACAAAAAGCACUUACCUUGCAGCUGCUGCCCCCUGCGGUGAUGGUCUGUCACUACAUAUUACAGUGUGUUUGAUAUAUUUAAAUCCAGACAGCUGUAGAGACUGUAAUCAGAUUAACACUUGAGAUUAGUAAUCCAGAACAAAGUGUUUAGAAAGAUUUUAUUAUUGUUUUUUACUAAAGUGAUGUAAUGUGAAUUUUCUCGGAUGGUGUGCACAUUUUAAAGAUGACUCUGUGUUUUCCUCUCAGCCUGGACUUCGGACCAGUUUUGAUGUGUGUGUGUGAUUGAGACCAGUUUUUUAUUGUUUGGGACAGAUGUGAUGGAUGUGCCUCUGAAGGGUUAAUAAAGUCUGUUGAAUUCAUGAUUAAAGACUAACAUGCAUUAAGUCAAACAGAA